GACAUGAAAAUAGUACCGGUUUUUGAUAAAGCGUUGCCAUGGACAACAGUGAAUAUAGGAUCUGGAUGGCGCGAAUCAAAUAUCGACGUAACUAACUGUGAAUGUGAGGAAAAGAGUGGUUAAACAAACAAACAAACAAACAGUUUUUCAGCUUUGAAAUCUAAAAUAAAAGCACAAGGAACGACGUGAGCGUCGCUAUUAACUGCUCGCGAGGAAAAGAGCGGUGUAAAAAUUCUUCAGAUUUUCUCAUUUGGAGUUUCUCAGCGAAAAUAACUGCAUAUGGGUUUGGAACAACAUGAGCCCUUUCUAUUAGGGACCCCACUAUGGAUCCUGACAAGACCUCCUAUGUGAGGCUGAAUGAGGAGAAAGUAAUUGCAAAGUCUGAUAUUUUGUCCCUUCUAAAAACGUACAACUGCUAUCACGAGGGAAAAAGCUUCCAGCUUCGGAUUCGUGAGGAAGAGGGCGAGCUGAUAGUGGAGGGUUUACUCAACAUCUCCUGGGGCCUGAGGAGGCCAAUCAGACUGCAAAUGCACGAUGACAACGAGCGCUUUCGCUAUGCCUGCAUGAGUGCGUGGAGGUCGGAGACCUCAGAGUCCAGCAGGAAUGAAAAUGCUGAACAGCAGUUUUCUUCAGAGCCCAACAACAACAAAAUCAGUGUCUCACCUAUACCCAGUGCGGAUGGAGCUGAGGAGGACAUCCCUCAACUGCUAAGAACGAGAAGUGACGCGAGCUUUGUGAAUAUCCAAAGAAGAUCCAAAAUCCACAACACUGCCGAUUCACAGAGGAUAAAGAGACACCGCUUCUCCAUUAACGGCCAUUUUUACAACCACAAAACAUCAGUUUUUACUCCAUCAUAUGGAUCAGUGACUAAUGUGCGAGUGAACAGCACUUUGACAACACAGCAAGUUCUUAACCUACUCCUUAACAAGUUUAGGGUUGAGAAUAAGGCAGAUGAGUUUGGCCUCUACCUAGUCCAUGAAUCAGGGGAGAGAGCAAAAUUUAAGGACACAGAAUAUCCUUUGGUAUCUCGUCUGUUGCAUGGUCCAUGUGAAAAAAUCGCCAGAAUAUUUAUUAUGGAAAAGGACCUUGGUGAAGAGAUUACGUAUGAUGUUGCACAGUAUAUUAAGUUUGAAAUGCCUGUUUUGGACAGUUUCAUAAAGAAAUUGAAAGAGGAGGAAGAGCGAGAGAUUUUAAAACUAACAAGAAAAUACAGUGCACUGAGAUCAAUGAUAUUGCAAAAAUUGGAUGGCAUCUCUUAUACUGCAAAUUAUGCAUGAGAAAAUGUUGACCGUUUAGAUCAAAGGCAUCCUCUCUGUUUUACAGUCAACAUCAGUGACCCACAGAUUGCUAGUUUUAGGUUUUAAGACAUGAGUGCAAUAACUAGUGUAUAAAAUGUAUAGGCUACUGGUAAGUGAUUAGCAGCUGUAAGUACUUUUGCCCACAACUGUCAGGUGUUACAAAUUACCUAGAAUGUUAUUUUAUGAUGCACUUAUGCUCUAUGACUUUAAAGACAAACUACUGUAUUUUUUUUUUUUUUUUUUUUUUUUUAAACUUAGAACAUAUACACCCCUGACAUGUUUCCACAGUAACAAUAUUGCCUUUUAUACAUUUUAAAAUAAAACUAAUAUAUGGAGAAUUGUGUUCAUUUGGUCUAAUUCAUAACAUCUUUAAUAAUUUCCAGAUUUUUGACAAUAUUUAAAGUCAGUUUGCCAUUCCAAUACAAUCUCUUAGUGCUUCAUUUCAUUAUCUUAAAUCAUUGUUUUAUUGCUUGAGGGAAAAAAAUGCUCACAAUGAGCAUUUCUUAUUGUUCUUUGAGUGACCCUUGCACUGAGUCAGUUCCCACGAGCUAUAAAAGCUCAUGUUAUUGAGACUAAUAAGAGAUGAAGUCAGUGCCUUCUGGCUCGAGUGCCCAUGUUACACAGUAGGAGGCAUCCUGGGAACAAGGAACAUUACAUUACUCGAGGUGGUUCCCAUUUCCUGGACAAGUAGCACAAGGAGAAAAAAUAAACUUUGUGCUUGUGUUCACUUGCUCAGUCUUUUAUACUACAAAAUAUGUUAGUUGUGAUUUUUAAAUAAUGGUUUGAAAUGUUUUUUUAUUUUUUUUAUUUAAUAACGUGAUUUGUAAUGACAACAGAAAUGUAAUGAAAUGUAUUAUUUUUGAGAACAAUGCAGGGCAUUUUCUGGAUUUAGUAAAGCCUUUAACCUUAUGUAGGCCUACUUUUUAGCACUAUUAUCUAAGGAAACCUUGGGAACCUAGGUCGUCUUUUGUGCGACUUAUAUUCAGUAAAUGAGGGUUUUGUUUACUGUGUUUUUAGCCUUUGUAACUGCUAACGAAUAACCUGUUACCAACAAAAUAAACG